UUCUUAUUUUAUUUGUUUUCUUCGCAUCAAUAUGGCGACCGUCUUGAGUCCGUUUGUCUACUGGGGACAGUCCAAUGAAACUUUGUCUUUGAAAGUAGACCUAAGAAAUGUUGAGAAUGUUGAUGUGAGUUUAACGGAGGAAACUUUGGACUUCUCUUCUCAAGGACUUGGAGUUAAAGGGGUCAAUAAUUAUGGCUUCCAUUUGGACUUUUAUUUACCAGUGGAUCCUGAGAAAAGCCGCUACAGAAAGACAGAUCUUGCUGUUGAAUUUCAAAUUGAAAAAUCAGCAGGUGAAACAUGGCCACGGCUCACAGCUGACAGAAUGAAACUUCCUUGGUUAAAAAUUGAUUUUGACAAAUUCCCUGUUGACGAUUCUGAGGAAGAGAGUGACAUAAGCAGCCCUGAGCAAGCGCAGGAAGCUUUGCUUAAAAAAAUCACCACAGAGUUUGGAAAUGAUUCUUCAUCUAAAACAGAGAAAAACAUGUCUCUGUCCCAGACCUAUUUAUUCCUGUACAACUUGUUCCAGUUUGUCGGCUACACCUACAUUUUUGUCAUCUUGUUGUAUCAGUACAUUAGGACUGGAGAAUCUGCAAAGCAGGCUGCUUUCGAAACGACAGGGUCUCAGAUGAUGGUCUGUCAAAUUAUAGCAGUAUUAGAAGUGAUACAUCCUAUGAUUGGUCUGAUAAAGUCCAACUUCAUUAUGUCAUUGGCUCAGGUUAUGGGAAGAAAUUUGAUUCUGUUUCUUCUGGUGCUGCAAGAGCCUCGUUUACAAAUUUCUCCUAUGUGCUGGUACCUCUUCGUUGUGUGGUCAUGUGUUGAAGUUAUAAGAUAUCCAUUUUACCUACUGCAAAUAGCAGGACUAGAAAUCAAAACUCUAACGUGGCUGAGGUACACAAUAUGGAUCCCACUCUAUCCCCUGGGUAUUCUGAUUGAAGCCACCAUUGUUGUUAUGUCCAUCUCCUUUUUUGCCGAGACUGGAUAUUUCAGCAUUGAACUACCUAACUCUGCCAACUUUGCAUUCUACUUCCCCUACUUCCUGGCAACAUAUUUAGUCUUAAUGGCUGUGGGUGGCACAAAUAAUCUGAGUCACAUGCGCAACCAGCGGCAGAAGCAACUGUAUGGAAAGAGCAGCUCAAAGUCAAAAGUGAAGUCAUCUUGAGAUGAGAUCACAAGUAUUAAAUUUGCAGAUUAAUUAAAUCCUUCAAUCUUUUCCAAGUCUGAUUGUACAGUGGUCUCUGCUUAAGAGCAUUGGGAGACCAAACAAAAAAACAGGCUUUUAUGCAAAUUAUGGUUUUAGCCUGAUUUCAUGGGCCCCAUUCAGCCUUCAGCUCCUACUAGGUAACCCCCUGGUUUCCAACCUUGCUCUCAGUUGAAAUAUGAAUCAUGGGCAAUCCUUUGGCGAAAGGAGCGAUGUUUGGAGUUUUGAGAAGUUGAGUUUUGUAGGAUGUUUUUUUUACCACAUGGGAGGAACAGACUGCUGGACCAGUUUUGAAAUACUACUAAACAGUUGACCAAUUUUGGCAUAUCUCAAAUGUAUGCUUAGACAUACUGUGUUAGUAUGCAUUAAAUUUUGCUGUCCACAAGUCCAUACAUACCCUGCCCCCACCAUCCCACUAUGCACUCGUUCUACCCCGUUUCCUUCAGUUUGAUUAAAAAUAAUCGGCCGAACAGUUACAUCAGAUCAUUUUUAUCUGUGUACCAAUAUAUUUGAAAGUGGACAGUGCCAUUUAGGACAGAAAGUAGAUGAAGGGUGUGAGACUGUCAGUGUUUUUCCAUUCUUUCUUUCAUCCCAUAUAUAUCUUGUUGAAUGUCGCAUUAUAGUAUGUAUUUGCUGGCCUUGAAGCAGACCUUUAGGCGAAAAAAAGUUAUUUCAGUCAACUCAACUAGGUUUAACGGCAGAUUCUCAUUUUUAACAAGUCCUUAGGCAUGUAAAUUAUAGAGAAAAAAAUCUCUUACUUGGUCAAAUCAGGCUCUCAGGUGAACCAGUUACACAUUUUGUUCUUAGCUGGAGACCACUGUAUCUUGUGACAUUCUUCUUUAUGUCCAAGAUGUGAGUAGAUAAGUAUGCAAAGAGAGUCUCUUGUCCUUUAUUUAAAAUUCUUCGAGCAAAAAUUCUGCUCACUCAGACUUUGAAAUGGAUUUUUCUGUUUUCUUUUUCCUUGUUAUUUUUCUGGGAUAUAUGUGUUUGUGUUUGUCAGUUAAGCAUGUUGACAUAAAUGUCAAGAGGAUUUACUCAGAUUUUGCAAAGACUUGUGGACCUUCUACUGAUGUCAUUGCGUGCUCAACAUUGAGAAAAAGAAGCCCAGAUCAAAACAUGACGUACCAAGUUGCAAAAUAACUUUCCAUUUUUUUUACUUGUGUCUUUCCCAUGCUAUUGUAUGUUGAGUGGUCGAUGUAUGCUGAAGAAGGCAGGAUGGGCUACUGUGAGUGCUUGGUCUGAUGAGUAACAAAGAGCAUGUAGGUUGUCAGUUUUUGAAGAAAAAAAAAGUCAUUUCAGUGAAUGUUGUCUUGGUUGGGUUUUUUUACUUCCAUUUUAUGCUACAGUGGAGCUUGAUAUCGGUUGGCAUUAUCAAGGUCAAUGUGAACAGCUCUUUCACUACAAGUGAUAAAACCCUCCCCUGCCUUUUAGGCCUCCCUUUCAACCCUCUAGAGUGGGAACCUCACCGGCCAGUCUAGACAAUCGUUUUUAUUGGCUGCUUGCUUAUAGCAGUGGAAGGUAGGAGUUUUUCACUGGUCAUGUGCAAGUGAUAGAUCUCAUUUGUUUAUUAUUAUGGGCUUAUUUAAAGAUUCCAGUUGUUUUGUGCCAUAAGCAGUCGUCAGAUCCAUUUUCUAGUCUGGCUUUGGCUUUUUUUCUACCACCCUUUGCUCUAUGGCUUUUUCUUAUCUUUCUUGUGUUAUCUACUGUUUUCGUGUAUGACUUUUGUGGUUCUGAGUUUUAAGAAAGAUUUUCAAUUCCACCAAUUGAUUUGUUUCAGUUCAUUUAUGGAUUACCAUAUUUAAGACAUUCUUUAUUAUCAUCAAUUUCAUCUUAUGGUACUAACAAAAUGUACUAAGCCUUUGUAUUCCAAUAGAUUUCAAAGUUCUAUGGUCCUUUCAUAACUGAAUCUGUUUAGCCCACAGUCUGUUGUUUUUGUGGAAAUUUUACCUUGUAUUAUGGCUUAUUAUGCGUAUUGUUUACCAAAGACGUUUCAUUUUUUUUAAAAUGUUUUUCCCUCUGUGGCAUAUUUAGCCGAAUCUUCCUCCUAAGUUUUAAUUCCAAACUCAUAAUGGUACAGGCUGAAUAUUUGUAGCUGACCCUUUUUAUUUGAAAAUUACUUUUGUCUGGCAGAGGAUAUGUAGUGAUAGGUUUACUUUCCCUGUCCUGUCGAUGUCAAUCUUGGUUCUGAAAACCACAACUAUUUGUGCAAGUGUAGUACGGUACUCUCUAGUUCUCGCAGCAGGCCACAGACGUGAGGCUGGGAACUUCUGAUAAUGUCCUUGACAAGAAAAGCCUACUUACUAAUAAGGAGUAGGACUUUGAUAAAGGGCAUGUUGUGAAAAAUCUAAAUUAUAUAUUUUUUAAUUUUUUUUUGGGGGGGGUGUUUGAUUUUUCUGGAAAUUGUAUACUUUAUGAAAACAUGUUUAAUCUUGAUGAAGGAAUUACCCCAUCUUCAUGACGGUCAACCUAAGUUGUCAUUUCUCUAAUUUUCUGCCAGUCCAAGUGACUCUAUUCAGUUAUUUAGUGGUUUGCAGAGUAUCUUUUGAGCUAUCCCCCCCCCCCCCCUCGUAUGAACAUGACAUGCAGUUGUCACUUUGUUCAAGCCCUCUAAAAGCUUUUUCCAGUUGUGUAAAAGAACUGCACUGUCAUAAUAUCAUUAUUUAGUGAAGGUGUCAUUUUUGUCUUGAGAAUCAAGAGUUCCUGUUGCAUUGUCAAAUUAUCUAAGAACCAAAGACUUGAUGAUAAAAUAGUUUUUCUGGUGUGAUUUCGCAGUUCUCAAGGAGGCAUAAAAAUGAGAGAUGAUAUUUAUGCUAAAUGAUUUAAGUAUGUUCAGCUCAUAAUUUUUUAAUGAUAGCUUGAAAUUCGUAAUAAGAUAGGAAUAUUUGCGUUUUGUAUUAUUUCUCUUACAAAAGGUAUUGUAUGUGUAGACUCCUUGCCAAUAUGAAAUUCAUACUCAUUUUGUCACCGAAGAGUGUUUCUGACAAGUUUUGUUGGCUUUUUUCUGCACUGAAGCAUUAAUGAAAGCCUAUCAGUAUCAGCAGCAAGAUUUAUUGAAGUGGUUAACACUGCAACAGUUUUUUCCUCUUUUUCUCUUUAUAUGAGGACCUGAGUUUGUUUAUUAAUACGUCUGACUGCGGUAGGUCGUUUUAUAUAAGAUUUUUUUUUUUCAUUUAGUGAAACCUAAUAUAUUCCUUUAAAAAAUGUAUGAAUAGUUUGAAGGUUUUCAAGUACAUUUAGAGUAGAAGAAUAUUAUUUACCAAUAUGUUGGGGCUUGUUCAUCUUCUUCAUUUUUAUUUUAAUUUAAUGGAAAGAGAACAAUAUCAAAGUAGUAAUUGUUGGACUUGUUAGUUUUACUUUACAGAUGGCAACGAUUUGUAAAACAGUGGUGAUGAUUAUUUUUUUCCUCUCUCUUAGAUCAUAGAACCGUGUGUGUACCAGUACCUCAUGUAGACAAGAAUUAAAUUUGACAGUAAGAUUAGUUAGAAUAUCUCAGUGAAAAGAAGUUAAAGUGCUGCAGGAAGUACUGCUAUCUUUUUUUUUUUAUCUUUUGUGUUCAUGAUCAUUUAUAUUAUAUUAUUAUUAUGCCCCUUCCAUAUGACUAGGUUUUAUGAUUACAGAAUAAAAAAAUACUGAACAGA